GCUGGGCCGCGAAAUUUCUUAGUCGGCGGGACAAACUGAGAAAAGACGUUUGACGCUGGAAGCAUCAAUUUGCGCAUUCUCGCCAAACUCGUCCGCCGUCUGUCGAUAUUGUAUUCUAUCGCUCUCCACAUAAUCAAGAUGUUCGCCCUCUCAGAAGAGUCCAAGGAGCGCAUUGCCAAGCUCAUUGACAUUUCACGAGUCGCCAUUCACUAUGGCUACCUCCCGCUGAUUCUCUACCUGGGCUACACUCGCAGCGACCCCCGACCUUCAGUCAUCCGCCUCCUCUCUCCUCUCUCAUAAACGCAAAAUGCACCGAACGAGGGCGUUGCUGUACGAUAUACGAUGGUAAUACGACAAAAACGGGGAGGGAUUUCAUGGAAAGAAAAGCAAGUGAACCACUUGGAGGGAGAUUAUAGUGUCCAGCAUUCAUGGCGUUUGGGCAAUAUCCGGUAUCUCUUGAAAGACGAGGCGAGACGGGAGGGCAGCGUGGUACAAAAGAUGACGACGGCCGCGGGGAAGAGACACACGAACGGACCGGUGCUGCAAUUGUACCCAUAGGAAUGUAUCAUCAGUUGCUUCGUAUUACCCAUAAUUCGACCAAGAAACCACUCUGCGAAACCAAUACCAAUACAUGAGCUCUUCUAGGUGAUGGAUGGAAUCUGCGAGAUCAACUUA